GCCGUGCGAGUCAGGUACUAUAAGAUUACGUAAUGGUAGAGCUCUUUGAAGGGGUUGGCUUGGGAAUGGUACUGGCAUGCAGUUACCGAAUCUCAACCAAUCAAAAUUACAAGUGGCUGGUCCUGUCGUUUGUCCCAUAACCUCAAUAUGUUUGUUUACCUUAGGUAAUUACCUAGGUACCUAUGUAUUAUCCCCUUAAACUCACCUCCUAUUAUAUACGUCUGUUACGAUACAUACGCUAUGCUUCGAACUAUUUAUGUCCUUGUAUAUCCUUCUCGUUUAUUCGCUGCGCAUUGGUCGUUCUGGCUACCUUAUGUCGACACUGACAAUCAGCAGUCCAAUAUUGGUGACCGCAUUCAUGUAACAGGCGACCGUCUCAACGGGUUUCAGUAUGAAUAUAUCCGCAACUAUAAUGUUUGCGAAGACGAUAGGAACCCUAAUGCAUUCCCUAUCGGGCUGGUGUCAGAGACACAUUUGAGCCUACCAAACAAAGACGGAACCGUUACCUUAAGCGAAGAGAAGGAUCAGAGAGACGUAGAAAAUGUUGUUAAUGCAUUUGACGCGGCUUGUAGGGAGGUGCCAGCACCGGGACCUAGCCUUAAUAAAGUGAACAGAGAUGCCGACAACGCUACUGGAGUGCUUCCUAAGAGGACAGAAGUAAAAGAUUGUCAGUGGUGGGUGAAAGAAGCGACUUCGCAUUUAGUCCAAACAGGAAUUAUGUUGCCAUUGGACGAAAAGCAUGAAGAAGAAACUCCGAUCUUAAGAGUGAAUAAACUACCACGGCAUUAAUAAAGCUAGAUGCUCCCACAUACCUACCGGCUAGACUUCGCUAGCCAGACCAACAUCAAUCAUGUACACC